GAGGCCUCCUUCUCUCUCGCGCAGUCUCUACAGUGUUCACACUCUCGCGUAGGCGAACGGCGGCGCACGCACCUGACGUCUCGUCGUCCUUUCGCGUCCUAAGAGAGAGAGAUUUCGUCGUCGAGUAUUACGCGUCGGAGUAGUAAGCAGGCUCGCGCGCGAGCCACGGAUACAGGCUUUUUUCGCGGAUUUAUCUCUCGUGAGUUCUCUCUCGUAACGCGACAAUCGUACGCGCCACCUGCUCUGGACCCGUGCCACCCUCACGCUGCCCACCCCCGAGAACAUCGCUGUCGCCGCCGCCUCCCGUCGCCCUCGACGCUCUUCGCUCCUCGACGGAUGUCCGAGGGUUCGGGCGACGGAUACGCCGCGGUGAGAGGAGACACGUCCUCCGGGAGGCUGACGAGAGAAGCAUCGAUCGUGCUCGUCGACGUCGUCGCCGUUGAUCGUUCACGCUGCCAGCUUCGAGAAGACAACGACUUCGAAUUUUGGCGCGAGUGUACCGGCAAGCGUGACGUCGCGUGAACGCCGCUGUCGAUCGCGCUCGAUAGAUCGAAGCGUCCACGUGACUAUCUGAACGUCGUCGUUUCACCCGGCGCGAAAUCCGAUUUCGGAUUCCACGUAUUCGUCGCGAACGCUGCGUAUCUCGCGCUUCGAUCGUCACCGCGACGUGCGCCAGGGCGCUCGGAAGAACGCGAUCGGGAUUCCCGUAUCGGAAUACUGCUGCUGCUCGCCGCUUGUCUGUGAUCGAGUUCUCCGCACGUGACGGAUGACGAGUGUGAGAAGUCGUCGUUGACAACGACGACGACGACAACGACGACAACAACGACGACGACGACGACGACGUCGACGUCGACAGGAACUUCGCGGUAGGAGUCGCCGUGGAGUUUACAAGUGUGAGACGUGCCGCACCUCGCGGGUGACGAGGUCCGCGAUCGGACCAAAGUUGAAUCGCCAACGGUGUUCGCGAGCAACAAUCCAAGUUCUGCCGGGUAAGAAGAACCGAAGUUGAAACGGGAUCGACGUCGUCAAAGUCGUCUGCGAAGUUUCCUCCGAUCGAAGGCAAAAAGCGGAGUUGAGGGACUCGCCGCGCUCCGAGAGUCGACGACGACGACUGCGAUAAGUGAAACUCGACGUGAACUCGAGAGGCGAAUGCGAGCGAGCGGUGUUUGUGCGCGACGGGUCGAUUCGUGGUCAAUCAGCCGACGCGAUUAAGACGGAAACACAUCCCCCGUCGUAUGGGCGUCCUCGUUUACUUCCCCGACGGCAGAACGGAGUUUCGCGGGUGUUCGCGUUCGCGUGAGGACCGCGACAAGUCGACGAUGAGGCUUUAACAGCCGGCAGCCUCGACGGGACUCGAAGUAUGUUACUGUCGACUGUCACGAGACCGUCGAUGACCGAAAGUCAGAAAGUGCUCCGAAAAGAGGAACUUCGUCCAGUCGAGACGGUCCGUUGAUCGCUAUCGCCGAACGCCGAGGUCGUGUUUGAUUUUUUGCCGAAAACGCCUUGCGCUGCGUCGUGUGUUUAUUGUUGUUAUUGUUGUCGCGAGGCAAAGAAGGUGUAGUCGCAAACCUGCAGUCCAGUGCACCGCGUCCAGUGUGCUGUUGUCGUUACGUACGCUAUGUGAAAAGUGACAGACGUCAUUGUGAGAUAAAGACUUCUCUCUCGUUUCCUCGUCGACAGUGCGGGAGCAUCGCUUACGUUUUAAUCCGUCUGAGAUUCUGUCGCGUCGCGCGUGUGUGUUUUUGUGAGUCGAGGACCCCCAGUCGUCACCAUGAGAGCCCACGGAGUGAUACCGGCGCUUGGGAUGAAGUUCUUCGUACUCGUAGCUGCCUGCCUCAUGUCGGCCGUAAAAGGCGACGGCGGACAAUAUUUCCGGGUUAGGCCGAACAACAGCUCCGUCCUGGAGGGCGGCGAGGUGGUAAUUCCUUGCGAGGUGGGGAACAGAGUCGGCGCCGUCCAAUGGGUCAAAGAUGGAUUUGCCUACGUCAUACAGACGAACGGCGAAAUCGUAGGCCAUCCAAGGCUGAAGCUGAUCGGCGAUCCGAACUCCGGAGUUUACAAUCUGAGGAUCACCGACGCGUCCUUGACCGACGACGGCGAGUACGAGUGCCAGGUCGCACGUUACCUGCGAAUCAAGCCGAUCCGUGCCAGCGCUCACCUGAUCGUCACCUCGCCGCCGCGGAAGGUGGAGAUCAGCAGUCACCCGAAUAAGAAGAAGAUCGAGGUUAAGGUAGGCGAGUCGCGGCGUCUCGAAUGCAUCGUCCGGUCCGCCAAGCCAGCCGCCUCGAUCAUUUGGUAUCGCGGAAAUGUGCAGAUCAAGGGCGGCGACACCACCAUCACUGCAAUCUCCAUCCAGGGUGACAAGGAUAUGGGGAAACCCGGAGAGACGUCCAACGAGCUGCUCAAGUACGACACUCACGGCUCCAUUACUAUCGUGCCCACGGCGGACGAUAAUGAGAUGGAUUACACCUGCGAGGCCAACCACCCGGCGAUACCCAUAGACAGGCCCAUGCGGGCCACCAUUAAACUCUCCGUUUUCUAUCCACCUGGUCCACCGUAUAUAGAAGGCUACACCGAGGGCGAGACCGUGCAGCGCGGCCAGAACGUGGAGCUCGCCUGUCGAUCACGCGGUGGAAAUCCGCCGGCGCAAAUUAUCUGGUUCAGGAACAACGAGCAGAUCUCGCACAGCUAUCGUACGGAGGGAGGCGCGUCCGAGAACGUGCUCUCGUUCGUGGCGAAAGCGCAGGACGAGAAGGCGCGCUACAGAUGCGAGGUCUCCAACAUCAUGAGCGUGCAGCCCAUGAAAGUGCACGUCGAUCUCACCGUACUUUUCGCGCCCGCCGGAGUGACCAUCACCGGGCCGACGGAGGCCAAGGCGGACGACCAGGUGCUCAUCACUUGCACGACGGAGAACUCGAAUCCGCCGGCGGACAUCAAGUGGACGGUGGACGGGCAUAAUUUCGAGAGCAACGCCUCGAAGACGGAGUCGGCGCCGAACGGCGGCUGGAUCACCAGCUCGAACGUGACGUUCAGCAUUAAUCGCAAGAGCCGCAGCAUCGUCGUCAUCUGCCACGCUUCCAACGUGAAGCUCACGGAGAACGUGGUCGGCACGCACACCAUCAACGUGAUAUAUCCACCUUCGAAAUUAAUCGUCACCGGAUACGAGGAAGGCACGACGAUAUCCGCCGGGACGGUGCUGAGGCUCAUGUGCACCGCCACGGCGGGUAAUCCACUGGCCACGUUAACAUGGUACAAGAACGAUCGCAAGGUUCAGGGUACAGUGAGGACGCGGAAUCACGCCGUCUCCAGUGAGCUGCCGAUACUCGUCAACGCCUCCGACAACAACGCCCAUGUGCGAUGCGAAGCGACGAAUUCAGCCACCGAGAUACCUCUGAUAAAAAUUCUCGUAUUAAAAGUGAACUUCCCGCCCGAAAGGGUGAAGAUUAACCGCGAGCCUCAGGACUUCCACGCCGGCCAGGAGGGACGUAUAAUCUGCGAGUCGAGCAGCAGCAAUCCCGCCGCCGAGAUGUCGUGGUGGAAGAACGGGAUACCGGUGCCCGGCACCAGGAACGGCACCAAGUCCGGAUUACACGGCGGCUUCGUCUCGUUCGUCGAACUCGCGUUGGACUUAACCGAGGAAAUGAACGGCGAGGUGUACACCUGCGAGGCCAAGAAUACAGAAUUGGGGAGAUCCAUCCACGACGCUACCACUCUAGACGUGUUAUACAAGCCGAUAUUCUCGCCGUUAGAUCCUUACGACCUGACCGGGCUGGAGGGCGAGCCCUUUGUGAUUUCUGUGUCGGCAAGGGGGAAUCCUAACACGACUGAGUACACGUGGACGAGGGACGGUUUGCCGCUUGGCAGUAGCGGCAAGAGAAUAACCGCGCACGGCUCCACGCUGAAUAUCACGAGAUUGGAUCGUCACGAUGCCGGCACGUACAUAUGCGAGGCGCUCAACAAGGAAGGCACCACUUUUUACCAGCUGAAUUUGACGGUGCAGUAUCCUGCCAAGAUCAAGCGGACCUCUUCGUCGGGGAUAGUUUAUACGCCCGGUAUCGAGGCGAAGUUGUUCUGCGAGGUCGACGGCAGUCCGAUUGGCGACGAGUACGUCACCUGGCAGAAGGUGGGAUCGAAUCCGGAACUACCUGGUCGCUACUCGACGUCCUUCGUCAACCGCACGUCGUACCUUCACAUAGAGGAUCCCAGCCAAGAGGACGUCGGCGAGUAUCGGUGCAAAGUCAACAACGGGAUCGGCAACGUCACGUCGGAUCCCAUUCUCUUCAUCACGAACUUUAAACCGGAAAUGACGAACACCCCGCUGACGCGAAAGGCGGCUGCGAACAAAGGAAUAAACGUCCAAUUGUUCUGUAAAGCGCGAGGAUCUCCAUUGCCACGUUUCACUUGGAUCUUCAAUGGGAAAACUUUAUUGCCGAACGCAACCGAGAAUAAAUACAGUAUCACUCACAGCGAUCUGUCCGAGCUCUACUCAGAGACGACGCUGGCCAUCUACCAUGUGAGGUCACAGGACUACGGAAAGUAUCAGUGUCGCGCGCAGAACAAAAUGGGAUACUCCACGGACGACAUACACCUCGACGUGACGUCGCCGCCAGAUAAGCCGAGCGACCUGGAGGUCUACAACGUCACCCACGACACGGUCACGGUGAUUUGGAAGCGCGGUUUCAACGGCGGCCUGCCGACAUCCCAUCAAGUACGCUGGAGACAGGCGCUGGAUUACGAGGAUCGCUAUCACUACCUCGACGUCUCGCCCGGCGACUAUAAGGCCACGAUAUCCGGCCUGUCUCUCGGGACUUAUUACGUGUUUAGCGUGAAAGCUAUCAACGAGAAAGGGGAUAGCGGCUUUUUGCCGGACCUCCUUAAAGUCCAGACACUUCGACCGAAUAAAGAGGAAAACCUGCAGGACGUCCUGUUGGAAAAGGGCGACUUUCCGAUGAAUUAUGUCUAUACGUUCGCAGCGACUUCCGUCAUCUUUUUUAUCGUUAAUGUCUUCAUCAUGUUGUGGUACAUAGUACGAAAGCGAAAUAAAGCUCGCAUUAAUAAGUCGCAGACUGCGGAUAUGUACGCACCGUCCACCGUCAACGGCGACACCAUGACCGGUGAAUUAAGUUCGAUGUCGGACGAGAAGAGCGACGUUAACUUCGACGCUAACGAUUACGUGGACGAGGGACGCAAAACCGCAGCUAGCACGUAUUUAAUAGAUCAAACUAUGCAGGAUUUCGGGAAAGGUGGUUUAGAGAUGCAGGUGCAUCAAGGCACCCUCAGCCGUCGCAGCAAUCACAUGCAGACGUCGAUGAACAUGGACUCGCCGCCGCAACGAACUACCGCCAGCGGGACUCUUUCGGUGUCGAAGUCGAGUUACAUCGGCAACCCGAGCCCGGCGCCGCCUAACGACGUGAGCUUCUACAGCGUAGAGAUGGACAAUGGCCGCUACAUGGGCUACGAUGGCAACCCGAGCCCGGCGCCACCCUCCAUCGGGGACCCGACCGGCGGGCCUUACUACCCGUCGUCCAUGGGCUCGACCGGUCACAUAAUGGGACACGUCGCGGGUAGCACCGGCACGCUGACGCGCACCAGGACGCUACCACGUCCAGUGCCGCCGCCGGACGUCACCGUGAUGACCGCCGGCACCAAGUCACCGAUACCGCCGUCGGUGCCGCCGCCGCCGGCCACGUUUGCCCGUGCCGGCGGCGUGAACCCUCAUCCACAUUCGCACCCGCACUCGCAGCACUCGCAGCCGCCGCCGCCACCUUGCCAGAGCCACCCGCUCUCGACGUUCGCUGCGACGCCGACAUACUCCGACAUCGACGGUCAUCUUGUCUGAGGCUCGCCGAUCUUCGGGCCCAGCUCGGUGCGCGGCAAGUACCGCGCCGUCGCUCAGGACGACGAAGACCGGCCGGUCGCGGUCACGGAGAGGAGCACGCGUCUGUAAACGACGAGGAUGAUGACGUCGGACGGCGAAUCGUUGGGAUUUGGUUCCCGGGACUCGUAUCGUCCUUAUCAUACCCCGAUCCUCAUCUCCGUGGGCGGCGAGAAGAACAGCGCGGUCUUGCGAGCGACGGCAUGCAUUGCAGCUGGCAGUCCGGCACUCAUCAUGCGCCUGAACAAUCUCGAAGACUCUGUUUUGUGCGCGAGAAAGAAAGUAUGAGGAAGUGUGUAAAUAGAGAAAGGGAGUAAACGAGAGCGAGCGAGAGAGAGAGAGAGAGAGAGAGAGAGAGAAAAUGUGUAUGUAUGUGCGAGAAGCGAAGAGAGAACGUUAACGAGGGUGAUGCACCAGGUUCGCUGUAAACACGCCUUUCCCUUCCGCGGCUAUUUCCUAGAGCGAGGAGACGACGGCGUUCCUGCGACGAUCUCCUACGCGAUUGAAUUCUAAGUAGGAAUAUGUUAAUCGACCGCUCGACGAGGAGCGAGCGACGGUAAGCUCGGAAAGAGAGGAGAAGCUCUUCCGAAGAAGAGGAGCAGUUUCUCCUCUCGAACAGAUCCGAGAAUGGUUUUACCGUUCUUCCGCUAUCUUACCUUCCCAUCUUUCCCCAAUUUCAUCAGCUCUAUAGCUCUUCGUAGUCUUUGUCCGCUCGCCUUAGCGUUACUAUGUGCCCCGAAGAGAAAGAGAGAGAGAGGGAAAAGGAAAGAAAGAAAGAAAGAGUGAGGAAGCGAUACAACCGGCGACACGUCGAACGAUCGAAGCUGCAAAUAUCGACGCUGUCGAUCGUCGAGCGAAGUAGGUCAUAUAUUUUCUGUAAAUACGCGCAAUCAGACAUUAGUUAGGCACACCGAAUACCCGCGGCAAUAAUUUCGUUCUUCGAUUGCUUCACGCUGGAGACACGUGCACACACCGAUUGUGUAUGCUGUCGCAUCGCGACAAUUGUGUUUAGAUAUCACUAUGCACGGUUAUCAACGACGAUCGGCAAAUCCAUGAGACAUCUCAGAAAUAUCUUUUGACCGAGCGACCAUUUGUUCGCUCCAAUCACUGACCACGCCGAAACGGUGGUGGUUCCGAAUUGUAACCGCGUGCUGCACAAGAUCACGCGACAACGUGGCGUUGCAUUAUCGAUAGAGAUAUUAUAAGGAUACAUCCGUUUUUGAACGUUAACUAAUGUCACGAUUCGAAAUUGGAAGAAACGAGAAUGUCAUACACUUUUUGAGAAAUUGGUCUUGUAGAACUAAACGGAACUUGUAUUGAAGCUCUUAGAUAUUUGCUCAAUAGGAGUGAAUAUCGGCUAUAAUAUUGGUCUUAUGUUGUAACAAAAGAAGAAAUCCAAUUAUUUAUUAGUGGAUUAUACUCUCUAAAUUUCUUGAAGUAAAAUUUUAUUGGAAAACCAAAGUGUGUGACAUCGCUAAGUAGUCACAUUUUUCACUCGAAUGUAGGGUGAAUUUUUCAUUUGGAGUCGAUGAGUGAAUAUUUUAACUUAAAAUUGGAAAGUAAAUUUGAUGUAUCUCAUCGUCACAAGAAGAAAUUCACUCCAAUCAAUUGAAACAUUCAGUCAGAAUCUACUCUAAGUUUGAAUGAGACAUUCACCCUUGCUAUUUCAAGUGGUAGUAUUUUCAUUGUCGCUUCGAGUGAAUUUUCACUCAUUUUGAGUAAAAUUUUACUUCAAAAAAUUUAGAGAGAGAGAGAGUAACAGGAAAUAUACUGCAAAAUUAUGUCAUCAUCAAAUCACCCGUUUUCGAUAUGCGUCCGCGUUAUAUAUCACGAGUCUAUUCAUCUGUCUUCCAAGUCGCAGACUGACAUUGGUUAUCCUAGUUCCGAGGCAUAUUGAUAUCGCUGAUAUGACGUUUCCAUACUGAGCACUGAUUACCGCACGAUCUCACACUGAUAUUGAGUUCCGAGAUACAACCGAUAGCAGUUAAUGAUCGCGCGCGAUAGCCCCUUUAAUAUAGAGCUCGCAGCUUCGCAGGAGUGGGCAUAUCCGUCAUGACCGUCCAUUGUUUACUUUCGCGUCGAUGUCGGCUUAUCCCGACGAUUCGAGGCUGAGGAAGGCGAGACAAUCGUUAUUACAAGGAGAAGAGGAACGCACGGAGUCGUAGCGAGCGCGAUAGCGCGCGGUGAGGUUGAAUCUUCUUUCCCCAUCCCCCGUUCAAACCGUGUCGUUUACGAUGCUAUUUGAGUUAACGGCGUCUCCUUGAACGCGGCACCGCUGCUAGAUGGUCGAGUUUAGCGCUAAAUGUGCACGAUCCGCUCUCAAACCUCAACAUUUUCCUCUCAGUGACGCUUAGUGCUGGAUAGUCACACUUAGUGCUAAAUGACGAGAAUACCCAACGAGUCCGUCUCUUUCGUAUUUCACAGGGGUGUUCGAGAUUUCACGAUCUUUAGGAGGAUAGGUGGGAGAGCCUGAAGCCAAUCGUCACGAGGGAAGAUUGUAAUCCCCGCAAUAAUUGCCUCGGUUACUACGUAUUUCCCGAGAAGGGAAGGAACGAAAUUGUAUUCCUCGUGAUAAAUGCGACGGUUGAUAUGUUACACUGCCUUGAAACUUUGAGAUAACUUAGUGAACUGGAGGAUUUCUUUUCCGCAAACGUAAAACUUCUUUACUAACUUUUCUUUAUAUCUUGUAAGAUGUAAAUCUCGAUUUCAAUACUUCUUGACUGCCACCUUCGGGUCGAGCUCAGGCUGUCCUAUAUGUGAAAGAGAGAAAGAUUACACGUGGACUCGAGCCACGUGCGGUACCCUCGAGUAAAAAAAAAUAGUUCCCGGGACACGAACGCGUAUAUGUCGAGUACACUAUUGCAACGUAGACGCAUUUGCAUAUCAUAACUAGCGCGUUCACGCUUUAAUUGCUCCCGCAUUAAUCACUUGUGUUGCUUAUGUUGCGUGCAUUGCGAUCGUUGUUCCUCAAGUAACUUGAGUAACUUGCGUAACUCUUGCGAAAAAUAAGCGAACCCGACGUACAUAGAGAACGGAGUCUUCACUGCCGAACCCGAAGUCAAUACCGUAGGUAGUUCAUUGACCGUAUUACUGUCUAUAUAAGUAUACUUUUACCCCUUUUACAUGCGCAAUAUGUGUACACGUAUACGCGACAUACACACACACACACAACAAACACACGCAUUGAUUAUUGAACGACCAUCCGUCGUGUUAUGCUCCUACGACGUUAAUCGGUGUGAGACACGUGAGCGAAACACACACACACACGCUCGGUCGCACGUUAAAACGUACGUUAAACAUACGUUUGUGUUUUAUUGGUAACUUCGGUUUCUCGGAGAUGCUUCGAACUUUUGCGUUCGCUACGUGAACACGAGCGGAUCGACAGCUCGUGUACAUUGAGCAUGUCUCCUAUAAUCGUGCGAAUUUAUAAAGUCGCGAAUCGAUCGCGCGCUACUAUCCAAAUUUCUUCGAGAGAAAUUUUACUCGAGAAGCGGAGUGACAGCCGAGUGGCCACUCGAAUUUGAAUUGUUUUUCACUGUAGAGUGAAUCCUCCACUCAGGAUCGUCGAGUGAAUAUCUUCACUCGAAAUUGAAGAGCGAAUCUGACGUGCCUCACCGUCGGACGAACAAUUUUACUUCAAUCAAUUGUAACAUUUGCUCGUACAGAGCCAGAACUCACGCUGAGCUCGAGUGAAACAUUCAAUUCUCUCUUGUAACUUUGAGUGGCAGUAUUUCCAUUGCCGCUUGAUUUGUUUCGAGUGAGAUUUUACUCCGAGAAAUUUGGACAAGCAUGACGAGGCCAGGACGACUUCGAGCGAGUCGUUGAGAUCCGACAAUUCGAUCGCGAUCUCCUGAGUUGAUCGCCGGAUCGUCUCACGCGAGAAGAGGACGUGUCCAGGAGAGAUGUGAUGGCAUCGUAACAUAAUCAACGGGAGAAAACGAGAAAGAGGAGAGAGUGAGAGAGAGAGUGUGUGCAAGAAAAACGCGAGAACGGGGGAGCCAUACCAGUGAAUGUCUUGGCGUAGUGAUAUCUUGAACAAAGACAAUAGUACAUAAGUUUAAUUGCUACGAUGGUUUUUAGUUUUUAGAAUUAAAUAAAGAAUUCUGUCGGCGCGGCGGCUGUGUCGGGAGGGCUGCGCGAGAGAGGAUUCUCCGCAUCGGGCAGGACGGCUGUAUGCGGAUUCGCGCGGACGAUCGAAAGCGCGGAUAGCUCGUAGCUCGACUAAAUGUUCAUACAUAUACAUAUAUUUUUGCAUUUAUUUCCAUUACGAUUAUGAUUAAAACCAUGUACAUAGUGCGAUACGUCUCAAUGUUUCACACGGUCGAGAGAGGGAGAGAGAGAGAGAGUGAGAGAGGGAAGGGAGAGAGCGAGCGAGAGAGAGGGAGGGGGGAGAGAAAAAUUACAAAAAAGAGAAAAAUGCGAAACGAAGUAAUUCAAAUGGAUCAUAUGAGGGUCUCACUUAUACCUAGGCUAUAAACGAAGUAUGCUAGAAGGUAUAACACACGCUGUAUAUCUGAAGAGAAAGAGAAAUAAGACGAAAGAAAAGAGAAAAAUAACAAAAUAACAAAAAGAAAGAAUUAUCCCGGUUAUAUAUUGGACGAGACAACGUCUUUCCGUUCGUCGAAAGCCUAAGUAGUCAGCGUAUAUUUUUGAAAACGACGACGAAACUCGAUGCGUUUGGCCUACUGUAAGAAGAAGGUAUUAUUACGAGGGAGUCAUGUAACGCACGAUACGUCCGCGCCGGCGGUAAAGGGCUGUGACAAUGAAGUGCAGGUCUCAGCAGCAGCUGCGUCGCGUCGUCUUCAUCACGAUCACGAUUUCAAGUGUAGCAUCGCGUCGCCGAUAAACAAUCGUAUAUAAAUAGUGCACUUCGUCGUCGCGAUUAAUUAUAACGACAACUAUGAUUUCUCGCCGCGCUUGUGUGAAAUUCGUUGCUCGCCCCGAGAUCGCAAGGAGGAUAUCCUUUUAUUAACGAUAAAGCUUCCUCCGUGCGUGCGAUCGCUGAGAAAAGCAUAGAGUAAUAAAAACAGGACAAAAACGAAAGUCGGUCGGACGAGCUCUACGGGACCUGCACUUUAGCCUGCGGAUGGAAUUGUUCGUGUAGGAGACAAUUUAUACUUUACCCGGCGGUCACGUGCGUUCCAUGCUCGGGAGAUUGUUUGAAAGUUUUAUGGAUAACGUUUUCCGUAGCGUACGCGUAUUGUUGUUUCAAUUACAGCGAUUAUUUGUUACGGUAGAUUUUACGAAAGCUUAAAGAAGGAAAAGGGAGAAACAGAGAAAUAAAUAAAUAAAAAAGUGAAAGAGAAAGAUAGAGAGGAAGAAAGGAAGAGAGAGAGUGAGAGAGAGAGAAACACAGAGACGUGUAUUGUUAACCGCCGUUGUGUAUGGAGCCGCACAGUUCGGCUUAGACUGAUGAUAAGAAAUUCACGUAUGCUCAAUUAGAGAACAUGUUCGCGCAUAAUUAAGAGUUCUAUUUACAUAUACAUGUUUUAUAUUUGUAAUUAAACAAAUCACAUCUAUACUUAAUAUUACCUGAAGAUUAUUAGAUUUAUGUAAUCUCCAAAGUAUUUGCUCAUCAAAGUGCUAGGCAUGUUAGACGGACCGCUAUUCGUCCAAAAUGGUACCUUGGAGAUGGACAUACCAUCUAAACAGUACGAUAUUUGAUAUUUUACAUAAUAAUAACUCGUAUAAAAUUCCGUUGAUUACUCUAAGACAUAGUCAAUCCUAAUUAUACAAUCAUUAAGGAUAUGGAAGAAGGAAAUCAAUUAAUCGUUUUACAUGUAUAUAUAUACAUACAUAUAUAAAUAUAUACGUAUAUAAUAUGUACAUAGCACUUAGAUAGACACGAAAGGAAAAAAAAAAAGAGAAAGAAUACUUAACGAAUUAUAUCAAACUACGAAGAGAAACACAAAACGAAUCGAGAGCUUUUGUACUAGGUGUAUAUUGGUAUUGUAUUCACUUUGUAUCGUUCUUUUUAUCGGCGAUUAUAUCGAUAAAUAGAAAUUAGCGACAGCGUCAUUGUGUUUUGAAAAAUGUUUGUGAAAAAUCGCGGAGGAAGAGAACGUUCAACGACACAUGGGUCUCGGGAGGCGAAUCGAGGAAGCAUCGAAGGGAGUAAUAGGCAAAAAAAAGAAAAAAAUAAGGAAAGAAACGAUAGGAUAUCAGGAUUAAAAAAGGAGCGCUGAGAGGGCGCGACGCCGCGAAAUUAUCCGUUCCAAAAUUGAUAUCGCCAGUGUUCCACAUCGCGUCUUCGCGUCGCACGAUUUUUCAUACGAUCCCCCUCCCGCGAGGGAUCCUUUUUACGUGACCAGGCUUCUACUUUUUCACGCGUAGGGACAUAAUUUUUAACCCCUUUGUGCCGUGAGCGUUGCGCCAAUUACGAAAGUAUGUUGUACUCCUCCCCUUUCGAAGGUACGUAACUAUAUUACGCCGCGACUGGUCUAAAUGUUGCUUCCGUUUUAUGUGCCAAUCGAUUGAUGUUCUUCGACGUGUGUAAAAUACCGUACGAUGUUAAACAAAGAACAUAGAGCAAAGAAAAAAACGAAGAGAGAGAGUGUGGAGAAUCGAGACGAAGAACCCGACGUCGGCCGACGACCGUUCGAGAUUUCAACGGAAAUUUUCUACGAAGCGCGGCCGGCGCUGUUUUCCCGAGUACAACAGAUACAUCAAAUGAGAAGAAGAAGAAGAAAGAAAGAACGUAAGAAGACGAAGACGUGGAAGAGGAAGAAGAAGGAGAAGAUAAGGCAGAAAGGAGACAAACGUGAAUUAAAGCGAAAAAAGGAAAAGCUCUCUGAUCGGAUACGGUGUAACAUAAUUGAAUGCCCAUGAUUACUGAUUAAUGUACAUAUACAUAGUAUUUUUACAUUCUAAUUCUAAAUUACAUUUCCAAUUCUAAAUGGUAUACACACACAUACGCACACACUCAUUCACUAAUACAACGCGCAUAUAGACACAAACACACACACACACACACACCCACGCUAUAUACUUGCGUACACAUACAAAUACACACUCUGUGAGCUUCGCUUUGUCGUCUGUGUAUCGAUCGCGACGUCGUUCAGUCCCGUCAUCGGUCCCGUCGAACGUGUAUCUCGUACAAAAGUGCAUUUACACGAAGCAGCGGUUAUUGCUCAGCAGCAUCCUCUUCUCUGUUAACUCCCCAUACCAUGUAUAUCCGCAAACAUACAAACACACAUAUAUACCUGCAUACAUACACACACAAUAUACGAGCACGCUGCUGUACAACAUUCAACAAAUACAUGCCUUGUGCCUUCGCCGCACCACGUUACUUAAACCGUAAUAAUGUAAGAGGAAACAAAGAGACGAGAAAUGGAGAGACUUGUUAACUGUUUACGCGCAACGCACUUUGCGACUGUUUUGAGACGCACUCGUGCGAUUUAUUAUCGGAACUGUGCUCGUCGCAAAAAUUGCCUGAUGGAUGAGCGUCGAUGUCAUCUUGACGAACGCUCUCGAAAUACACGAAACACCAAUCAAGUUAAACACCACCGCGCGCAUUUACUUUUUUUUUCUUUCAUUAGAAAGAACAGGUCUUGUUUUCUUUUUAACGCGAUCUCACUCGCAUGUCGCGAUUAUCGUAGCACCGUUAGCGCGGGAUCUCGCAGAAAUUGAACGGCGUGAUUCCUUUCUCACAACAACUGCCAAUAUUUUGUAAUUCGAUUCGAACGAGAUGUAAAUGGGGUUUAAUACGUGAAUACAUAAAGGCGGAGCGAAGCUCACAACACGCUAGUCCUUAAUUUAAAACCAAAGUAAAGCAACAUUGUGUAGCAUUUAAGAAUCUCUAUUACGUAUACACACCUGUGUGUCUAUACAGACAUAAUUAUAAUUAACGAUUCAAUCAUUGUAAUUAGGUAAACGACUAACCGAUAAGCAAAUAGGUAAAAAUAAGCCACUCAUUACGUGUAUCAUCUUAUUUUCUCCCCCAUUCAUAAUUUUUCACUACACAAUUAACAACAUUUUAUCUAGGAGCCUUUCGUCAAGCUAGGAUUAUUCUGUAUCUGUAUUCUGUAUAUUGUUUUCUAUUGCGACUAUUAAAACUGAUUGUCAACUUAUAAA